ACUAAUUUACGUUCUUGGAGCAGUCUAACUUUACUAGUUGAUUGAUGAAUGAGUUUAUAUGGAUAUAACAGUUUAUUCAGACCCUGUUCAUCGCUGUUGUCGUUAUACCGGGGAUACAGAGAAAGUCUACAGAUGACAAUAUAGUUGUGGCUACAGGGCGAUGAGACGGCUGUAUAUUGGUGGGUUGAGCCACACGGUCACCCAGAAGGAUCUUAAGGAUAGAUUUGGCAAGUUUGGGGAUGUGGAGGACGUGGAGCUCCGAACCAGGAGAGAUGAUGAGGGUCUUCCUUACAAAACCUUUGGCUACAUAAACAUCAACAUUUCAGAUGCUGACCUGAAGAAAUGUUUGACAGUGCUGAACAAAUCCAAAUGGAAAGGAGGAACUCUGCAGAUAGAAACAGCCAAGGAGAGUUUUCUUCACAGACUGGCUGAGGAACGUCAGGAAGCAGAGGAGCAGCGCCUGAAGCCACGAGUGGUUGAAGACAAGAGACAGAAGAUGUUAGACUCUCUGAGUAAAGCUGGUGUGGAAAAUUUCACCAUGAAGGCUGCAGUGCCGGGGACAGAAGUACCGGGGCACAAGGACUGGAUUGUCAGUAAAUUUGGUCGAGUCCUCCCUGUCCUGCAGCUGCGAUGUCAGCAAGGCAGAAAAGCUCGAACCCUGAAAUACGACCCUUCAAAAUACAGCCACAACAUCCGCAGGCUGGACCGGACCACUGAGGACCAGCACACAUCUGUCACCCAGCUCACCUGGGAGCUACAAGGUGGAGAUGAUGACAUCAGCAAGAAGAGGCGAGGAGAGUUCCCUCCGUUUGAGCCAUUGAGACCCAAGAAGAGCCGAACUGACAUGGUCAACUCCCAUAAUGCUCUGGGAAGAACCAGAUUAAAGCAGACUGUGGACUCUGCUGAUUCCCCCAAGGCUCAUUCAUUAACCAACGGCUAUGAACCAACAACAAACCACAGACUGCCUCAGAGGACGGGGUCACAUUUUCCUGACAGCGAUGUCGACUCAGACGAGGAAAUACGCAGAAUGGUGGCAGCUCAAGAUACUUCCCAUGUUGCACUUGGGCAGGAGGAUGAAGAGGACAACCUAGAAGUGGUGGGGCUUGACUACUUUGUAAAGUCUGGAUGCUCCUGUCAGCAGCAGAAAGACGACUACGACUCAGCAGACACAGAUGAACUCCUCGCUUCCAGAAAACCCCCACCUCCAUUGCAGGAGAAACUGACUCUGCCCGCUGAAAAUCACCUCUCAGGCAAUGACACAAAGAGGAAGAGGAAAGUAAAGAAGAAGAGGAAAGCUGGUGAAGAAGAGGAGGAUUCAUCAGAUGAUGAAGAUCAUCUCACCUCCAAGAAACCUCCCACCACACUGCAGAAAGAGGAUCCUGGGAAAAAGAGUUCUCAGAGUCAAAGUAAGAAGACAAUUGUCCCUCCUGUAAUGGAAACCAUUCAGCUAGAGUCAGAUAGUGGAGAUGAUGAAGAUGAUGAAGAGGAGGAGGUAGAAUCAUCUGAUGAUGGUUUGGAUUCUGAUUAUGAAGCCAUGUUUUCAAAUGUCACACACCUGGAGAUCUCCCUGACUGAUCUACAGAAAAUAGCUGAAGAGGCCCAAAAGACUGAAACUACAACUCCCAGCAUCCUUAGCUCCUCCUCUGGAAAAGCCACAGACCUUAAGUCCUCUCCUCCUGCUCCAAAGAAAGGUAUCAUGCCAGAGGACAUUCUUGCCUCCCUCAUGGAAGACAGCAGCGAAGAAGAACAGAAGAAGAAGAAAAAGAAGAAGAGAAAAGCCAUGAUGACAGCAACGCUGCCGGCUUUCCAGGGGACGAGAGGGCUGGACGAAAGAUUCGAAACAGAGGAGUGUCAGAGGGGACACAAAGCGGAGGAUAAGGAGGAAGAAAGUAGGGUUAAAAAACAGAAGCUGGACUCUGAAGCUACUCAACUUAACCUCCAAGAAACAGACAGCAAAAAGAGCAGGACUUUGAGCAUACAGAAAUGCACAGAAACAAAACAGGAAACUUCAGAGAGCAGCAAGGAAGAGGAAAAAGAAGAAGAGAAAAGGGUGAUGGAAAUUAAAACCAAAGCUGAAGUUUCUAAAGAGCCUCCAGCUAAAGUUUCAAUAAACAAAGAGAAAGCUGAGGCUGCUUCUUCCUCUAGUAGUGAUGAUGACGAAGAAGAGGAGGAGGAGGAAGAAGAAGAAGAAGCAGAGGAAGAGAUAGAAGUAGCCGUUAAAAACAUUGUUCCAACUCCAGCUGUAGUAAACGCUGAGAAAACUGAGACCAGUUCCUCCUCUCAAAGUGAUGAUGAAGAGGAGGAGGAGGAGGAAACAAAGGCCAUUCCUACUGUACUUACAAAAGUAGCAGCAAAGGCCUCACCUUCAUCCUCUUCAUCCUCGGGCUCCUCCAGUGAGGAGGAAGAGGAUGAGCAGGAGGUAAUUCCUGCCAAAGAUGCUUUGAAAGCUUCACCUCCUACUGCUUCUACCAGCGAGUCCUCCUCCAGUGGUGAUGAAGAGGAGGAGGAGGGAGAAGGCAAGUCAGGUCCUUCUCAGACAAAGUUGGGAGCAAAGGAGGAAGAGGAGCGUCAGAGGGAGGCGAACCUGAGGAGGCUGGCUGCUGUCCAGCAGAGACAGAAAGAGACUGAAGAACACAAGAAGCUGAUUCAGGGAGCCCUGGCUAACCUGGAUGCACCUGCAGCUGGAGCAGGGAAACACAUCGUCUUUGGCUCUGAUGAUGAAGAUGAGGAAAAUGAUGAGGCAGAGAAGCAGCAGGGGACCUCAGACAUCACACCGUCAAAGAAGACGCUGUUCCAGGACAGCCAAUCAGAGGGCGAGGCCACAGGUGAUGAACCAGCAGCCAAUGAGAAAAAGACAGUAAAAGAAAAGAAGUCAUCAGUCCCUCAGCUGUUCGGCGGCAGUGAUGAUGAUGAGGACAGUGAUGAAGAGGAGGAUGGCAGCAGGUUUGAGAUCAGACCUCAGUUUGAAGGCAAAUCAGGACAGAAGCUGAUGGAGCUGCAGUCUCGCUUUGGGACGGACGAGCGUUUCAGGAUGGACUCUCGUUUCCUGGAGGAGGAUGACGAAGACAGAGAGGAGGAGUCAGAGAAAAAGAUGAGUCUGACUGAAGAUGAUGAGGCUCUGGAGGAGGAGAAGAAGAAGAACUUGUCCAUCCUGGAGAGCAUCAUCGGCAGCAGCCAACAAACCUGCAGCAAAACAGCUGGCAAGGCCAAAACCUUCAGAGAUGUCUCAGCGCUGCAUUAUGACCCGAGCAGAGAGGAGCACGCUGCAUUUGAGACCAAAACAGAAGAAGUAAAGGAAAGCAAAGCAGCAAGAAGGAAGAAGAGGGAAGAGGCUCAGAAGCUUCCAGAGGUUUCUAAGGAGAUUUACUACGAUGUUUCUGGUGACCUGAAGGCCGUUUUUGGUGCAUCAAAGGGCGAGGUUGCUCAAGAAGAAGAGAAGACAAAUUGGGACCAAGAGGAAGAAGAUGAAAAGGAAGAAGAAGGAAAGACUGAACAGGCAGUGUUGUCUCUCCUCUCAGUCACUCCGAGCUCAGAGAAAGAAGAGUCAUCUGGGUUUAAGUUCUCUUUCUUUGGAGACGACGCAGAAACAGACAGCAAAGAGACAGAAGAGUACAAAGUAGAGCGCAUUCAGGCCCCAAAGGUGUCCUGGCAACAAGACCCACGUUUCCAUGACAGCAGCUCAGAGGAGGAGGAAGAAGAGCAGGAGGAAGACGAGGAGCAGAGCAUCGUUGCUGCAAAAACCACAGAAGAAGAGAGUCUUUCAACGACGGAUCGAUUCUUCUUUUUCCCUGAAGACAGCAGACUGACAGAGGGUCCCAAGUUGUUCUGUCAGUCAACUCAGCUGGAGGAGCAGAGGGAGCAGUGGGAGGAGAGGAGGACUGCGCUCAGACAGGAGUACCGCAAGAAACACAAGGAUGCCCGCAGGAAGCUGAAGUCCUCUCAGAAGAGCUGAGGAUUAUGGGAGCUAAAGACUGGUCUCAUUUCAGAAUCUGGAGUUUGCAGAUUAUUCUCCCUCAUGGUGUUAUUUGUACCCCAGACUGAAUUUUCAUCAGAGAGAAACUUUAAUGGUUGCUGAAGACACAGACAUUGCCUCAAGAGCAUCUGAGUAUCAGAUUUAUUUUUCGUGUGAAAUAAAAAGACCCGUUUUGUGGUCUGAGCUUUAUGUAUGAAAGAAGGUAUCUGGUUUGUUUGUUAUUAUGUUACCAUGGAAGUAAGACUGCCUAGGAAACUCUGGAUGUUGUGCAGCAGGAGCCAGUCACAGUUACAGAGGACCAACCCGUAGUAUUGAUAUGGUUAAAUAUAUGAGUGUUUUCUGGUUAUUCCCUUAUUUUCUCAUUAUUUAUAUGUUUGGACUUCCUAAAAUCCUUUCAGCAUUCCUGUGUCUGCUUAA